CACCCGAACCUCAUCACCACCCUCCUCCUCCAACUCCGCAGCUCUAAUCUAAAAAUAGAAAUUUUUUAAACGACAAUAAAAUCGUCACCCUGGCAACUUUUAAUUUUUUAUUACAUCAAAAAUUACUAAAAGCAGAUUUACACAUUGUCAAGGAAAUUAAAAAAAUGUCCGGCGAGGUUCGAAGUCGUCAUAAAAAUAAGAAUAAGAAAAAUCAGAAAAAGGAUAAGCGGCGAGACUCCGACGAGGUUCCCACGAUCUACGUUGAAGACGACGACCAGGAAACGACAGAGUUUUACGAGGAGGAAAUUGAGCAUGGUCACCACGAUCACCAUGGCGACGAGGAAGAGGAAUCGGGAUUAAUUUAUAAAAUAAUAUUUGUUUUAUUACUCAUCGUUUUGGGCGGCAUAGCAACCGUGGUUUUAAUCGAUAGCGAUUUAAAUAGCGUUGCUAACGUGGAGCAUGGAGCUAAAAAGGAAAAUGUCGUUGUCAUGGAGACCUCACAUGGGGAGGAGGUGGGGGAGGAGUCCUGGUUUUCAGCGUUUUUAGGCGGUGGGGGUGGCGGUGGGGGGUGGUUCGAGGAGGAGGGUGACCAUGACGACCAUGAUGAGCAUGGGGACCAUGGUGAUGAACAUGAUGAGGAGGAGGAGGAGCAUGACGGUGACCAUGACGACCAUGGCGAUGAGGAGCAUGAGGAGCAUGACGACGAGCACGAUGAAGACCAUGACGAGGACGCCCAUGACGACGACGAAGAAGUUGAGGCUGCCCCAGAAAUCGUCGUAGGAGAAACACAAGAAUCUCAAGAAGAAGAGACUGAAGCUGAACAGGAAAUUGCCCCCGAGGAGGAGGAACCAGAACAAGAACCAGAAGAAUCUCAAGAACAAGAAGAACCUGAAGAAGAACCAGAACCUCAACAACCAGACAACGAAGAAGAACCCGAAAUUGACGAAGGUGAUGAUGACGAAUUAUCUCAAGAAAUUUCUCACGAAGAAGAAGACGCUGCUCAACCCGAACCUCUCGACGACGACCAAGAGAACAAGGAGGAUUCCCAAGAAACCAUGGAAACGGAAUUUGACGACGUUUGGGAACGAAUUUAAUUUUAUUUUAGCAAACCAUGUGAUAGAAUAAAGGAAUUUUACAGGAA